AUGCCGGUACCAGCAUUUGGUUCGCUCUCACAGACACCAGGGCUCUAUCUGGAAAGCUCGCGCGGAACUCAAAGUGACCUCGGCCACGGCCAGCAGAGUUCUGUUCCAGCUGAUAACAGUUCCCUUGAUGCCACUGUCAUGCAGGACAAACCAAAGUCAUCAACUCAGAGUACUGAAGGUCAAGCAGAUUCAGCAAAUUAUUCCAACCAUGCUUUUGCGCAGAUACCAAGUGAGAAAAGCGCCGACGACAAAGAACGAAAAUUCUCCUGCACUUUCUGCCGCCACAGAUUUAAGACCAAGUAUGACUGGUCCCGUCAUGAGAAAUCACGCCAUCUCGACCUGGAAGUCUGGAUAUGUGCUCCUGAAAGUGGCCUCACGAGAAACCCUUCGACGGGACAAGAUGUGUGCGCAUAUUGUACCAAACCCCAACCAUCGCCGGAACAUAUUGCGGAGCACAAUCACAGCAACUGUGUUGUAAUGAAGCCUACAUUCAAUCGCAAAGACCAUCUGGUACAACAUCUCCGGCUGGUUCACCGUUUGACCAAGCUUCCACCCCUUGAUGGCUGGCGAGUCCAUGCCCCUCCCUUUGUGUGCCGUUGUGGGUUCUGCGGCCAGAGUCUGACCGGCUGGGGAGAACGGACUGAUCACUUGGCAGGGCACUUUCGUAAAGGUGCCACAAUGCGUGACUGGCAGGGUGAGCACGGGUUCACACCCGAUGUCGCGGCGCAGGUGGAAAACUCUAUUCCGCCUUACUUGAUUGCCGAUCAAUAUUGA